AUGGCAGACCCAGCGACCACGACCCCGCACCAGCCGGACCCGGCCCUCCCACUCCUGGACCACAUAGUCAUCCUCGUCCCGCCCCGAGUGCUGCAGGAUCUCCCGGCCUGGCUGACGGACAACUUCACCGUGAUCACGGGCGGCGUGCACGCCGGCGGCGCGACCGAGAACAAGCUGAUCCUGCUCGCGGACGGCCUGAUCGCCUUCACCGAGGGCGUCGACCCGGCCAAGCGCGCCGCCCACCGCUGGGGCGCCCGACCCGAGGGCCGCAUCGUCGACUGGGCCCUGACGCUGCCCGGGGCCGGAGACGAGUUCCCCAAGGUCCAGGACCGAGUGCGGACCCGCCACGCCGGUGUCGUCUACGGCGAUCCCGUGCCCGGCGGCAGGACCACGCCCUCUGGGACGGAGCUGAAGUGGGCCGUGGCCGACCCCCGUCGGGCGCAGGAUGGAAAGGGGAGCGAUGCUUUGGUGCUGCCUCUCGACGCGGGCGAGGCGCCGUUUUGGUGUUUUGACCGCACGCCGCGCCGGCUUCGGGUGCCGCACGACGUCCCGGCCAAUGUUGAGCAUCCCAGCGGCGCAGUGGGCGUUGCGGGAGUGACGGUUUUUGUCGCGGACUCGGCGAUGCUCGGCUCUUUCAAGAAGGUCUACGAUGGAAUUUACGGCGAGGAGGGCUCCUCUAUCAGAGAGGAUGAGCAUGGAGGGCAUGGAUACAGCUGGAACGUCGGCAUACCAGUUGCGGAUGGCGGGAAGAAACACACCGUCUCACUACGUACGACCACGGCCGGCACCUUUAUCCGGCUGUCGUUGUACUCAACUUCCAACGAGGGGACCAUCGGUGGUGUGUUGCACGACAAAUGGACGGUCGAUUUUGAUCUCAUCAAGGCCUGA